AUGGCUAAUAUUACGAGAAUGAUGAUGAUUGACAAUAACCAAUCUCCCAGCUUAGACUCCACAAAUCCUGAUAUCCCAGAAGGUAUAACGCUGACCGUGAUCCUAGCCCUCUCAUUGGUCGGUAAUGGACUGGUAUGUUACUGUGGGCUCACGUCAACUCGUACCCAGGCUAUGAAUAAUUUUAUCGUGAAUUUAGCAUUUGCCGAAAUGUUACUGGCAACCUUGGUUCUUCCCGUUCAUAUCCACAAACAAUUCACGGGAGGUUUUCGGUUGCUUAACACGAGUUUAUGUCGAAUUCUGCAAUAUUUCCACACAGCUGCCUUAGGCGUUAUCAAUAUCACGCUGACAAUUAUAGCAGUCGAAAGAUAUUUGUCCAUUUUUCAACCGACUUCAAAAAUAACUCUCCGUAAAGCGAAAUACAUGAUUGCCCUGACUUGGUCCAUUCCAUUCCUAAUAACAAGCCCUAUCUUUCUGGAUCUUACAGGCAAUUCCGGGCAAACACGACAGCUAUUGCUUUGGUGUAGUGACCCUAGUACCCACAGUAUCGGUAAAUUGAACAAAAUUUAUUCACUAAUCCAAAUAACAUUGAUAUGUAUUAUCCCAAUGUGCUUACUCUGCGGGACAUAUUUUAUUAUGAUAAUGAGAAUCCUUCAAAUUGAUGCCAGCCGCAGAAAUCUGAAAAUGUCGCAAGCGCCUGGUACCAGGAAAUCUCCUUGUGGUACAUUUCGCGAAGAAGUACCGGUUGCUAAGCGACGGGCGUUGGUGAUGAAUUUUAUAGUCACAUGUUUGUUUCUGUUCUGUUGGAUUCCCGUCGUGACGUCAUAUACUGUACAAAUUGUUCGAGAGCACAAAAGCAAGAAAGAAGAUCUACUUUACAAUUUACUGACCUACAUAGCUUUAGCAAACUUGGCAUGUAAUCCGUUGGUAUAUUGUUUCUUCGAUUCUGUGUUUAGAAAUCAAAUUCUGUGUUGCCUGAAGCAAAAAUUUAGCCCGCAGAAAGGCAGGAACCUGACAACGGGUGGAAAUAAGCCUUUGACCGAGGAUAAAUUGGGUGAAUUCAGUGUCAGCAAAAUUAGUUCAGCAUCGAGCUCAUGUACUGAUAAAGAACCGCUGCUCAUGAAGAAUGCGGCGCAGCCACCAUCACGUACGUCGUUGUUUAGUAAAGAUAAACUGGUCAAACUUGUUUGUAAUACAAGACGGUACAGAAGUUUAGGUCUCUCGAGAAGUUCGGAGAUAUAAUCAUGAAUUUAAUCAUUACAUGUAAAACUGAUGUAAACUAUCGCACAACCCCACAAUGCUGAUGACCUCAAUUUAAAACAUGUCAGUAUCGCAAACCUCUGAAUAUAAGCCCUGACUUAUAAAUGAAAGACAUUUGGUGUUAGUAUCUCAAUAAAACAAGUUGGUUGACAUAAAUAUACUGUAAUGUAAUUGUCACUUGUCU